GACUGCUGCGCGCGCUCAUCCGGUGCACCUACUAAACCUUCUCGCCAUGCCCAUCCAUAGUGCCCUGCGCUGCACGUCUGGGCUCUUUGCUAGCCAGCACUCAGCGGCUCGGCGUCGGCCGAACUCAGCUCCACUGACAUCAGCUACUGCGUGCCGCAACUCUUGUGCACCACGUGUAUUGGCCACCCAACGGGCUGAGGCGGUGCGGACGCGCAGCAGCAGCACCACCGCCACCGGCACUGGGCCCACGCCAGGCAUUGCUGACGCCGACGCCAUGCCGGACACGGAACUAGAGCUGGCCGCUCAGCGUGUGCGGCAGCUGGAGGCGGAAGCGAUGGAGAUGCAUGACCAAGCGCAGCGCUUUAACAAGGAGGGCCGCUUCGCAGAGGCACAGGCGGCCUACGCAGCCAUGCACAAGCUGGAGGACGAGGCGUCUGCGCUGGCAGCCAAGGUCGGCUGCGUGGCGUGUGUGCUGGGAGACGACGUCGCACAACAGGACGCGGAGCCCUCGCUAUGCAACCUAGACCCAGACACACUACUGGCCUACCAAUGCCUGCACCCCGCGCUUCCCUGGCAGCACCACCACCAAGAGCAGCAACAGCAAUCCGCGGCACUGCUGCAGAGCCGCGCUGUGUCGGCGGUGGUGGGCUCCUCGCUGGCGGACGCCGCAGCCAUGGGCGUGCACUGGGUGUACGACCUGGGUAUAAUGGAUCAGUACGAGGCGGAGCGGCGGGCAGCAGCUGGCGAGGCGUCCAUGUCGGGUGUGGGGCACAGCGGACAUCCCUUCACGUACGGGUGUGAGUUCAUGGAGCCGCCCCGCAGCCCCUUCUACGCUUACGCUUCAGGCCGCAACUCGCCAUACGGCGAGCAGACGCUCGUGCUGCUGCGCAGCCUUGCUGAGAGCGGCGGGCUGGAGUGCGGACACUACGCCGACACUUUCGAGGCCACCUUUGGGCCCGGCAGCGGCUUUGACGGCUACCGGGAUGUCUCCACCAAGGGCUUCCUGCGCAACUACGCACGCGCCAUGCCGCCGCCGUUGUCGGGCGCCAACGACGCGCAGGCCAACGCCAUUGCCCGCCUUGCACCGCUGGUGGCGGCCUUUGGUCUGGGGAUGCAGUCGCCUGGGGGUGGUGAGGACGACGAGCAGCCGGCUGGGCUGCUGAAGUGUGUGGAGCUAGCCACGCGCGUCACGCAGAACACGGCCGCGGCUGUGGCGUGGGCAUGUGCGGGCGCGCGUGUGCUGGAGCUGGUGCUGGGCGGCUGGCGGGCGGAGGCGGCAGUGCGCGAGGUGGUCGCUGACCUGCGCUCCCCGCAAGGACUGUUGGUGCCCUACUGCGGCCCUCUGGCUGCUGAGCUGGCAGACCACCUGGCCAAGGUGCACGAGCUGCGCGGCGUGCCCGUGCCCGAGGCCACCGCGGCGCUGGGGCGCAACUGCCACAUGCCCAACGCGCUGCAAACGCCGCUGCAGGUAGUCAUGCACGUUGAGCACCUGGUCGAGCAGCAGCGGCAGCAGGAGGCGGGCGUGGCAGGCAAUGCAGGGGAGGCGAAGGGGGGUGCGAGCGCGGCGCGGGCGGGAGCGCAGCUGCCCGCGGAGGCUUAUGUGUGGGGUGUGCGGCUGGCGGUGCGCGAGGGCGGCUGCUGCGCCAGCCGCGCGGCGUAUGUGGGUGCGUGCCUGGGGGCCAUGGUGGCGGGGGCGGAAGAGGGCGUUGGCGCGGGGGCGUUGCCGGCUGACUGGUUGGCUAAGUACACGAGCGCGGCGCAAGCGCAGGCAUGGGCUGAGCUAGUGGUGGCAGCGCGGUCAGGGUGAUGGUAGGAAGCAGAGUGGUGCCUGAGCGAGGGUAGCAUCGGAGCAUCAUUCAGCUCUUGCAUGCAAGCGGGUCGCCACAUUAGGGCCGCCGUGACUGCGAAUGCUGCUAUCCUGUGUGGACGUGAUGCGUGAGGCUGUGACUCUCCCGAGUUUCCUCCCUGACAAGAUAUGUGGUUCCCCUUGCAUGGGAAUCCGGUUGCCUGGGCCAAGUGGCUGACUCAACGGGAUUUCCUGC